AUGCAAAGUCACAAAUCUGAGAGAUCUUACCAAGACUUUCUUUCAGCAAAUGAGUCAGACUUUUUAAACACUUAUUUUUUGUAAUUGGUUAGUGACACUAUCCCUCAGUAUGUUUGUUAAUCUGAAGUAUCCAUGAGACAUAAUCUCGGACUCAAAAUAGAUAUCCAACAACUAUUGCAAUAGAAGCGAAAUCUGCACAUAAAACCAAAUAGAUAUAUGUUUUCACUUUGUGAUUUCAAACUAGAUGGUGCCAUGCAAUUAUUAAGAAAUUAGAUUUAGAAAUAUGAUUUUCAAGAGAACGAGGAGAAGAAGUCUUCGUAAACGAGGAGAAAACUUUAUUAAUCUCUUAUCACCUCUUCCUUCUCAGAUGAUAUUCCAAUUUGCUAAAUCAAUUCCUGGAUCGUUUUAAAUGACAUUAAAUUGGAAUUGAAGAAAGGAGAUAUCCUAUUGUUCAUCGUUAAAAUCAAGGCUUCUUCCUACACUCUAAAUAGAUUAUAAACUCUAAUACAAAAUGAAGUUCAAUACACCAAAUCAAAAAUAAGUGAUUACAUUACUAAAUUUAAGCCCAACAUUUAUCCGAUACUAAUAUUGAAUGCAGAUAUUAAUUUCCCUUAUCAAAAACUGAAUUGCUAAGCUUAUUACAUUGGCAAGUAGAAUCUAAUGUAUCAUUUCUUCCAACAACUGAGAAUACAAGAUGCUGAGGCUAUAACAGAGGAUUUAAUUACAAAAUACAACAUCAAUAGAAUGAGUUAGGCCAGACUGCUAAUUUAGAAGGAAGCCUUGGAGUAUAAGAAACUAGGAAAAAAUAUUGAUAUACUUAAAUUAACUACUUUCGGAGUGGCAAUAGCUUUGGGGUUAAUGUACUUUUUCAAGAAAAAAAUUAUUAAAUGA